AUGGCCCAACAACCCCCGCGCCACGCCGCCAUGCUCUCCCUGAGCAACAGCACCUCCAAUUUCUCCUCCACGACGACCACCAGCACCGAACGACCCCUCCAAUCCCAAACCCACACACACCUGCCGACGCCCUCACAAUCCAGCACGGGCCUGCGCGUCCCCUCCAACCGGAAAACCAUCUACGACCGCCAUCUCAACCGCAGCCGGAAUGCGGAACUCAGCCGGGCGAGCUUCGCCUUCCUGUUCGGCGAGAUGGUCACCUACGCUCAGCGCCGGGUCACGGGGAUCCAGGAUCUGGAGAGACGACUCAACGAACAAGGCUACCCGCUCGGCCUCCGGCUGCUGGACCUCCUCUUCUACCGCACGGUGUCCGGGUCGAGCUCCUCGUCGGCGCUGUCGAGCAGCUCCUCCACCUCGGCCUCGCCGCCCAACCGGCCGCUCCGCAUCCUGCCCCUGUUGCACCUCAUCCACGGGCCCCUGUGGCGGCUGCUGUUCACCCGCCCCGCCGACGCCCUCGAGCACUCCGUCUCCCCCGAGACCCCCAACGAGUACAUGAUCACCGACAACGACCCGCUGGUCAACACCUACAUCAGCGUGCCCAAGGAGAUGAGCAUGCUCAACUGCGCCGCCUUCGUCGCCGGCAUCAUCGAGGGCGUCUGCGACGGCUGCGGCUUCGAGGCCAAGGUCACCGCCCACAACCAGCCCACGGAGAUGUGGCCCAGUCGGACGAUAUUCCUGCUGCGGUUUGGGGAGAGCGUGAUGGAGCGGGAGAAGGUCUUGGACCGGGCGGGUGUGAAAUAG